AUGUCCGACCCCGAUGCAGACGCCAGCCGCGGCUGGAUCCUGCAUGCCGUCGUCUGGCCCUUGCUAGGCGUAUGCAUCAUCGCCAUGGCCCUGCGCCUGUGGGUGCGCCUGCGCAUCCUCCGCUCCUGGGGCUGGGACGAUGUCUUCAUCCUCCUCGCCCUGCUCAUGGCCACCAUCAACACGAUCCUGGUCGUCAUCAGCGUCGCGUUCGGUGCCGGCCGCCACAUGGUGCAUCUCACGCAGCACCAGAAGGAAGCGGCAGUGAAGUACCAGGUUCUGUCGCAGGGGUUUCACGUUGCGUCGACGAACUUUGGGAAGGUGUCCGUUGCGCUGUUUCUGAUCCGUAUUAUCGGGGGCGUGAAUAACCAUAAGGCACUGCUGUAUACGCUGAUUGGGGUCAUGAGUUUGAUUAACUUGGGUGGUAUCAUUUCGAUCUAUGCGCAGUGCACCCCGACGAGGAAGUUAUGGAACUUUGAUUUGGUGGAAGGGCACUGCUGGCCUGAGGGGUCGCAGGAGAAAUAUGCCUUUUUCCAGAGUUCUGUAUCGGCAUUCACAGAUCUCAUCCUCGCGAUAUACCCCCUCUUCACAAUCCGGAGACUGCAGAUGGCAAUUAAGGUCAAGCUCGGACUGGCCGUUGUCCUCUCACUCGGAAUCAUCGCCAUGAUCGCCGCAAUCAUCAAAACAACCCACCUCCCCGGCCUUACCUCCUACAAAGACUACAGCUGGGAAACCGUCAACCUGACCAUCUGGGUCUCCCUCGAACAAUAUCUCAUCAUCCUAGCCGCCUGCAUCCCCGCCCUAACACCGCUCUUCAACAUCAUCGUCCGCCACCGCUCCAGCAAGCGCAGCAAGUCCACAACCCACGAACUAAACGGCACCAUGCGCGCCGCACACUCCAAAUCCAAAUCAAAGUCAAGGCCAAUCAAGACCCAGACCGGCAACAGCGACCACCAGCAAUACGUCCCCUUCGCGAGCGUGGGGCGGGACUACGUCGAGUAUCCACUGACGUGGACGGUGUCGUCGCGGAGGGACCGCGAGAACGCAACAAACAUCAGCAGUGGGAGUGACAGCGAGACGCCGAUUACAGGGUCGACGCAGCCGCAGGUGCCUAGGGGGAUCUUGCGCACGACGGAGUUUCAUAUCCAGGAGGCGCCGGCGAAUCGGUAUGAGCAUGUUGGGUAGCUAGCCCGCCUAGUGAUUAGUUGAUGUCGUGACGAUAAUGAGAGUAG